CUUUCUUGCCUUCAAAAAAAUGGUUCAAUUUUGUUCCUUCAUCGAUCUUGGUGGGAGGUCAAAGGUCUGAUCUAUUAAUCGUCUACAAAUUUUCGAAAGAUCUCAAUACUCGUAGAUGGUUUUUCAUCUUGGUUCCUUCUCUAUGCUUCACAAAAAGGUCAUACUGGAAACUCGACGAUCGAAGAAGAGAAAUAUGGUCACCA